CGCCCGGCACCGCGGCCCCUGCACGCGCGCGGACCUGCUGCCUGGUCCCUGCUGAUCAUGAAUAAGAUGAAGAACUUUAAGCGCCGUUUCUCCCUGUCUGUGCCCCGCACCGAGACCAUCGAGGAGUCCUUGACUGAGUUCACAGAGCAGUUCACCCAGCUCCACAACCAGCGCAAUGAGGACCUGCAGCUCGGUCCUCUCAGCAGAGACCCCCAGCCGGAGUCCAGCACCUUCUCCCCGACAGACAGUGGCGAGCAGCCCAGGCAGCCAUCCCCAGGCCUGCAGUACCGGCGGCAGAACCAACGCCGCUUCUCCAUGGAGGACAUCAGUAAAAGGCUCUCUUUGCCCAUGGACAUCCGCCUGCCCCAGGAAUUCCUGCAGAAGCUACAGCUGGAGAGCGCAGACCUGCCCAAACCGCUCAGUCGCAUGUCCCGCCGAGCAUCCCUGUCAGACAUCGGCUUUGGGAAACUGGAAACGUAUGUGAAACUGGACAAACUGGGGGAGGGCACCUACGCCACAGUCUUCAAAGGGCGCAGCAAACUGACGGAGAACCUUGUGGCCCUAAAGGAGAUCCGGCUGGAGCAUGAGGAGGGGGCACCCUGCACAGCCAUCCGCGAGGUGUCUCUACUGAAGAACCUGAAGCAUGCCAAUAUCGUCACCCUGCAUGACCUUAUCCAUACAGAGCGGUCCCUCACCCUGGUGUUUGAGUACCUGGACAGCGAUCUGAAGCAGUAUCUGGACCACUGUGGAAACCUCAUGAGCAUGCACAACGUCAAGAUUUUCAUGUUCCAGCUGCUCCGGGGCCUUGCCUACUGCCACCGCCGCAAGAUCCUGCACCGGGACCUGAAGCCCCAGAACCUGCUCAUCAACGAGAGGGGGGAGCUGAAGCUGGCUGACUUCGGAUUGGCCCGGGCCAAGUCAGUGCCCACGAAGACCUACUCCAACGAGGUGGUGACGCUGUGGUAUAGGCCCCCUGACGUGCUGCUGGGGUCCACAGAGUAUUCCACCCCCAUUGAUAUGUGGGGCGUGGGCUGCAUUCACUACGAGAUGGCCACGGGGAGGCCCCUCUUCCCUGGUUCCACAGUCAAGGAAGAGCUGCACCUCAUCUUUCGACUCCUCGGGACCCCUGUAGAAGAGACGUGGCCCGGAGUGAUGUCCCUGUCUGAGUUCCGCACCUAUAACUUCCCCCGGUACCUCCCGCAGCCGCUCAUCAGCCAUGCUCCCAGGUUGGACUCUGAUGGCAUCAACCUCCUGACCAGCUUUCUCCUGUAUGAAUCGAAGAGUCGCAUAUCAGCAGAGGCAGCCCUGAACCACCCCUACUUCCGGUCUCUGGGAGAGCAGGUGCACCAGCUCGAAGACACUGCCUCCAUCUUCUCCCUGAAGGAGAUCCAACUCCAAAAGGACCCAGGCUACCGGGGCCUGGGCUUUCAGCAGCCAGGACGAGGGAAGAAUCGGCGACAGAGCAUCUUCUGAGCUUGCCUACCCUACCGCGCCUUGAGGGAGUGAGAGGUCGCACUGAGCACAACCGCAGGCAGGAUGGGGCUUAGGCAGCCCUCAGAGGACUGAGGGACGAGGGCCAAGGCCGGCCCAGAAGCCCUCUGCAGCUCUGCUGGCCACAGCUGGGCCCCGACCCUGCUUCCCACAUGUCUCCCCAGUGGCCUUUACCUGGACACCAACCCCUCCAGCACCUGCCCUGGGAGGAGGUGAGG